UACAAAUAUUAUCUAUAUGUAUUGAAACUAUAUUUAUAUGCUACAAAAUUAUCCAUACUUUUUCUUAUGAAAGUAUAUUUACUAUAGUAGUCUUAAAAAUUAAAUUUAAAUUUACAUUUACAUUUAAUAUACUGGCACACCUUUAACCUCCCUUAUCAACUCCACAGAAUUGAGAUGCAGGGUAAGUACAUGCCAAAAAUAUUUUAUUUAGAAAAAGGAUUUAAAAGAGAUCAGAACAUGUAUACACAUACUGACGUACAUAUAUAUUCCUCUCAAAUCUCUCUGUCUCAGACUGUUUAUCUUAGAGACGACAAGUAGAUUCCUUUUUAUUUACUUUACCAACAUCCAAUAAUUGUCAUAUUAUUUCUCGAGAAAUAAGAUUCUUGUUUACUUCCCGACAAUAUACAAUCUCGAUUUCAUCUCUGCUUUUAUCUGUACGUCACUGAGCUUGUUCUUUUCUGCUUCAAAAGGUAAGAAAUAUAUUUUUCCUAUUCUUGUAUAUAGUCAAGCUUUUGAAUUAUUUUUGCUUUGCUUUCUGGAUUUGUAGAUAUGAAUCUUUUGGCUUCUGAGUUCUGAUCUUAGUUUAAAGACGUUAGAGCAUCCGCAACGGUGGACUCCUUCUUGGAGUCCUUAUCAUUAUUAUAUUAAUUUUUUUUUUAUUUUUUUUUUGUUUGAAUAGUUAAGGACUCUAGUCAAAAUAAUGUGUCCAAUGGUGAUCUUCAAUUAGGAGUUCUUAGAAAUAAAAAAAAAAAAUUUUGUUUUAAAUUGAAAUUGAAAUUUUAUUAAUUGCAUGAUUAAAAAUAAAUAUACCAGAAAAGAAAAGUUUAAAAAUGUAUAAGUUUAAAAACUAUAAGUUUUUCAAUUUCAAUGUUUUUAAAAAAAUUAUAAAUUAUAAGCUAAAUAAUUUCUAUUAGUUUUUCUUAUCUUAUGUAUAAGUUUAUCUUCUUAAAACUAUAGGUUUCAUUUAAUAUAAGUGUGAUAGAGUUUAAAAAUGUCUAUGUUUGAUACAAGUUUAAAAAUGUUUACAAGUCAAAUGUUUACAAGUCAUAACUGCCACGUAGACAAGGAUUUGAUCCUUAAAUUCCUUAUGUAAGGAUCAAUCCUUGUACUAUGUUACUCAAAUAAUAGUUUUUUAAUCUGAUAAACAUUGGAUGUGGAGCUAAGGAUCCUUAAUGGACUCCCAUUGCAGAUGGUCUAGUGUUAUGAAUUUUAUGGAAUCGGUUUCUACUUUUGAUGAGAUUAUGUCCCUGUCUCUGGUCUACUUAUAGAACAAGUCUGACUUCUUCUCUUUUUAUCUAUACAUAGAUCUCUUUUUACAUAACAUUGAUUGGUAUCUUGUCCAAAACUCAGGGUUCUGAGAUUGACUGAUAAAUAUAACUUAAAAAUUAUUUUUAUCUUCGCUUUGGUUGCUACUGGAAAAGUUGGAAUCUCAUGUGAGAUCAAGAGCUUGUAGACAAGGUCAAUGGACGAAGUAGAAGACUUAAGCACUGUUGUUAAAUAUGGAUGGGAAAGUGUUAAAAAAUUUCCAGAAGAGCUUUGUUCAGGUUCAAGAUAUUCUCGAUCAAAACCGGCUUCUGAUCAACGAGAUCAACCAGAACCAUGAGUCAAAACAAGCAGAUCACUUAGGUCGAAAUAUUGGUUUGAUAAGAGAGCUCAAUAAUAAUAUCAGAACUGUGGCAAGUCUUUAUGGUGGUCUCUCUCAUUCUUUCGCUAGAUCGGUUGAUGCUUCACCAGAAGGAGAAUCCACUGGGACCUUGAGAUCUGAUGGGAAGGCUAAUAACCAGAAGAGAUUUAGAUGCGAGUAAUGUACCAAAGAAUGAUUACUCUUUGUGUUAUGUAGAUUCAGUGCCAAUGUGAGUGUGGAGCUAAGAAAUGAUUUAUUAUAUUUGUUUUACGGAUAUCUCUGGAUUUUUUCGGUUCGGAUAGAAACGGAUAACGAGUCGAAUCAAAAUUUACAGAUAUUUUAUCCAGCCCUAUUUUCACUA